AUGGGGCUCGGAGGAGAAGGCGAUACGGAAGGUCUGCUGGCCCGAGUGCUGGAGUCCCGGAGCAGCGUGACAGCGGUGUUUGGCAAAGACGUGGUGCUCCCCUGCGGCUACCAGGCCACGCCGGGCGAGACGGUGCUGCAGGUCACCUGGCUGAAGCGAGGGGAGGGCGGGCAGAGUGUGGAGCUGGCCAUCCUGAAUUCAGAGCACGGGGUCCACAUCCAGGAGGCCUAUGCAGGCCGGGUGCUGCGCCUGGGGCAGGGCUCCCUGGUCAACGGCUCCGUCCUGCUGAAGAACGCGGUACAGGCCGACGAGGGCAGCUACGAGUGCCACCUCAUCACCUUCCCCCGGGGCAACUUCGAGUCCCACCUGGCUCUCAAGGUCCUAGUGCCCCCGUUGCCGACUCUGAACCUUGGACCCCCGCUUGAGGAAGGUCAGGGCCGCACGUUGGCUGCCUCCUGCACAGCAGAAGGGAACCCCAUCCCCACCGUGACCUGGGAGACCGAAGUCCACGGAACAGCUAAGAAUCAGGAAUCCUCGCAUUCCCGCUCAGCCUCGGUUACCAGCGAAUUCUACCUGGUCCCGGGGCGCAGCAUGCACGGCAAGGCCUUGACCUGUGUGGUUUCCCACCCAGGACUGCAGCAUCAGAAGAGGAUCACCCACACCCUCAGUGUGGCCUACCUCUCUGAUGCCUCCAUCCUGGGUCACGAGCCGGAGCAGGACUGGAUGGAAGGCAAGGAAGGGGCUUCUUUGAAGUGCCUCGGAGAUGGGAACCCACCCCCCAACUACAACUGGUCUCGGCUGAACGAGCCCCUUCCCAGGGGAGUGAGGAUCAAAGGGGACACCUUGCUCUUCCAGAGACCCCUCAGCUCUGAAGAUGGAGGGGUUUACAUCUGCCGAGUGGCCAACAGCUUUGCAGCCAAGGAAGUGAGGGCUACUGUGGGCAUCAAAGGACUCCCAGCUCAGCAGGUGGAUGUGGUCUCCAUCUCCAUGAUUGGCGUGGGCAUCAUUUCGGUGGUCUUGGUCAGCCUGCUGAUCCUGGUGAUCGUCCUCAUGACGUGCUACCACAAGCGGAAAACGAAACGCAUCACAGAGAAAUAUGAGGAAGAACUGACUUUGACCCGGGAAAACUCAAUCCGGCGUCUGCAUUCGAGCCACAGCACGGAGACCCGGCAUCAGAUUGAGGAAAACCUUCCCCUGAGGGCGGAGAGCCGGCAAGGGAGUUUCCGCGGGGACAGCCUGUGCCGGGAAAGCCUCCGAGCGGACAGUCUCUGCCGGGACAGCAGGCAAGGCAGCUUCCGGACAGACAGCUUCCGGGAGACCAGCCUCUGCUCAGUGAUGGGAGAAGACGCUGAGGGACGCAGCUACUCAACCUUAUCCACCGUCCGGGAGAUUGAGACCCAGACCGAGCUUCCCCCGCCGCCCCCCACCCCUGUCCCAGAAGAUCAGAUGGAGGAGAAGGAGAAGGAGAAGGAGAAAGAAGAAGAGGAACAGCGGAACGAUGAAAACAAUAUCAAGCAAGCAAUGACUCACUUUGUCCAAGAGAACGGCACCCUCCGAGCGAAGCCCACCUCCAACGGCAUUUACAUCAACGGACGGGGACACUUGGUCUGA